GCGGCGGGAGGCAUAACAAAGAUGGCGGCCAUUGGUACCGCUGAAGAAGAACCACAACAACACGAGCAAAUAAAAUGGAAUCUCUUUAGUAGGAUUAAAUCUACGGURGAUGUUCUUCUAGCUAGUCGAAAUGCGAACGUCUGGUCUACAUAUGGUGGAUUAUCGAGGAUUCUUGAUGAUUUAGAAGGGAUUUUUCGUCAUGGUCUAAGGCACUGCCAGGACUUUUUUGGUGAUCCACAAGACUAUGACAUUGUUCUCAAGGAUGGUGGACUGUGUGGUAGAGGAACGUCUGGCAAAAAAUGGCUUGAACAAGAACUGCUUGAACACUCUAUAUCUAACCAUAUCAAAAAACUCAUUGAGAACUCACAACUUAUGAAAAAUUAUUAUUAUGAUUAUGCAUUUCUAAGAAGUGAAUUAUACUGUCAGUCUUUGUGUACAUGUCUAAAGGCUGUAGAAAGUAAUAAUCCUGGUCUUCUUACUCAAAUUAAUACUCUUCUGGUCAACAAAGGAGAAAAUUUCGAAGAGGUGUCAGAAAAGGAAGUCAAUCAUGCAUCAUCUGCAGUCUCACCCGAAGAAAAAAUUCCCAAUUUUAAUAAYGAUGGCACAAUAUUUGAAGAACAUAAAACUCCAUACUCCUCUGAUUAUAUUGAACAAAAAAUAGAUGAUAAAAAUUCUCUUGGUGUUGAUAGAUAUGAAGAAGACGCCAAUGAUACUAACUCUGAUAUACAACUGCAAACAUCWKMAGAAGAAGAAGAAGAAGAAGAAUUAGAAAACAUCAAUAUUGCACUUGAAAAAGAUACUUUGUCGUCACAUUCAACGUGUUCUGAAUUUCUGGACAAUCAUGAAAUGGCUCUAGCAAAAGAAAAAAUGAUUCUACAAAGGCUCAAUCUGGUCGAGCGAAAGAGAGCCAAGCAAAAUAUUUAUCAGGGAACACUAGCUCAUGUAGCUCUUUCAGUCGUAAUGGAAAGUGAUGAACGAAGCGGAAGUCCCUCUGACUGGUUUGACGGUGGACAAACACCCACUAAUAACAGACGUAGUAGCAGUUUGAAUGAAGUUAACAUUAGAAAUGACAACAGCGAAAAAUAUUUAAAAGAUUCUAGAAAAACAAGUUUACCAGAAAAUGAAAGCAAAAACCUUGGGGAUAUUUCUUCGGAUUAUAAAUCCAAGAAAGCUAUUGGACACACGAGAUCGAAAUCUGAUGGCACUGGCUUGACGAAGCCAACAAAAAGACAGCUUAGUUUGGAAGAAACGUCAAGAACUAGAAAACCAAUUAAUUCAAUUCGUCUUCAAUUGUCUUCUUCUCUUCCAGAAAAUUCAGGAAAUUUUUACCUCAAUGACCCACUGUCACCAACAGAAGAAGAACAGUCCCUGGCAACGAUGCUGGCAUCACAGGACCUGACUUCGUGUGAACUGGAUAAAGAAAAUGCUCACUUCAGUAUCUCCGAGGCCUUAAUACAAGCUAUUGAACAGAUGAAAUGUGAUCGAAUAAUUGCAUCUGAAGACGAAGAAGAAGACGAAGAUGACGAUGAGAUUCGCCAUUUAAAGCUAGAAAUCGAGAAAAGACGACUCGAGAAGAAGAGAGAAAAGCAGAAGCUGGAACAGUCAGCCUUCAGUGAUGAGAAGUCUACCAGUAACCAUAGCGGCUCUGAUCAGAGUAGCAGAUCUUCGUCAUCAAAUCCAAGCAUCCUAGGAUCAGAUGACAUCAGCCUAGACUGGGAAGAGAUUUCCUUUAUGGACGACAUACCUGGUCUUGCUGGCCUAUCAGGAUCAGAAACAACACUGGUACCAGAAUCCCAAGACCAAUUUGAUCAUCUCAUGACUCCUAGUAUUGAAUCAAGCACUUCACCUCCAUUAUCUGCUGAAGCUGUUGCCAAAAACCUUCUAAAGAAGUUUGCCAACAAGAAACAUCCUGCAGCUUCAGAACUUCAGUGGUUGGUAUCCGAAAAUGACGUUCCGCAGUCUCUGUUACCGCUACCACAGGCUUAUUCAGUAGCGCCUGAUGAUGUUAGAGAAAAGGAAGAUGCUCCUGCAGUAGAACAAAGAUAUUCGGCACCUUGUCGUAUGCGAGGUAAUCUAGAGUGGGCACCACCUCGAUCACAGAUUAUUUUCCACAUUCAUCCUCCUCCAAGGAGAAAGCAGCUGAUGGAAGAACAGAAUUAUCGCUGUACUGGCUGUGGUAUGCAAGUCGCUCCAGGAUACAUGAAGAGGUUUCGUUACUGUAAUUAUCUAGGAAAGUAUUUUUGUAGCAGCUGUCAUCAUAACUCACUGAUGGUGAUUCCUGCCAGGAUCAUUCGUAAAUGGGACUUCAGAAAAUAUGAAGUGUCAAAAUUUAGCAUGGAUCUUCUUACUAAAAUCUACACAGAUCCAUUAUUUAAUAUUAAAGACCUGAACCCAUCUUUGUACAGUAAAGUUCACCAAUUAGAAACAAUUAAGAAUCUUCGAAAACAACUCUACUAUUUAAGAACAUUUGCACAAACAUGUCGCAAGUCGCGAGAAAUACAGCAAGAGUUUUCCAGAAUCCCAGAUUAUUUACUGAAUGAGCAGCAUCUGUAUUCCUUACAGGACUUGAUACAGGUCAAAAGCGGAGAACUGUUAGUUUAUUUUAAAAACCUCGUCACGAAAUCUUUGAUGCACGUUGAGGACUGUCCGUUAUGCCAAGCUAAAGGAUUCAUUUGUGAAUACUGUAGAAAUGGCGAUGUCAUCUUCCCGUUUGAUCUAAAUAAAGCCUACCAGUGUCCACGUAUGUAAAAUGCUACAACUAACUUCACGUAGAAUCAUGCAGAAAGUAUUGAAUUAGGGGUUUAUGUCAUGUUAUCUCUUCUGAUCAAUCUGGAUCACGAACAGCACUUGAAUUAUAUCGUCAUUUACUACCAAUACCAGACUCCCUUGCACACUUUCU